AUUUUAGAUAUAACUGAAAAUACAAAUAUUUUACAUGACAUGAAAUCUAACAAUCAUAUCUUGAAACCAAAUCUUUUAUUUACUUCUGCAACCACUAUUCUCAAUAAAUAUUGAGACCUAGUUCUAAUACAAGAUUCAACAAUUAGAUUUUGCUACCAACCUACAUACCUACCUGUACCUGUUUUUUUUCGCCAGCUUAGUACAAAAUAUUCCUGUAACUGACAACCACAAAUAAUAGACAAGAGGAUAUAGUUAUUAAUCUACAUUUCUAUUACUUAAUUUAUUUUGUAUGUCGAUAUCUCUAUGAUUUAAGCACGUAUUUCGCUAUCUGAAUGUUUAUCAACAUCGUUAUUACUAACGCCAUAAACUGACAGCUUACGUAAUUUUCCGACGCUAUUUACCAUCAUCAUAUAAUCUUAAUCAUUUAAAUGCUGUUAUUUGGCAUAACAAUUUCAUAAAAUUAUAUUUUUUAUGACCUAUCUCUACCUAAAAAGUAUUCAUAUCUUUUUAUCGUCCGGAGGUAGGCACUAUACACUAUUAUAUAAUCUGUGCUAUACAUUUUUCGAACCGAUAUACCUAUCCAUAUAUUUUUUUCUGUAAUCAAAAUCCAUAUAGAUAAUACACAUGGAAGAUGUAACUGGGACGCCUAUAACUAAUUUACAGUAGCUCAAGAACUUAUAAUACAGUCAUGUAAUAACAAUGACUACUUAAAUGGCACCUACUGAUUUAAAAUUUAAAUAUUCCUAUCUACAUAAGUAGGUACAUCUAUAUCAUAUCAUAUAUCUAAACACUCUAAACAAGGCUAUAAAAUUAGAAUCACAUAGGUACUCAUUAUAAUAUCAUUAGAAAAUAAUUAUGUGUUUAUUCCACAUGAUACUCAAAAUUACGCUUUAUUACUGGUAUAUAAAAUUCAGAUUCACUUAAACGUACGGUCUACAAAAUAUAGAUCAAGCAAUCAUGUACUAAAAAAGUAAUUUUGACAUGAUUUAGUAAUAAAUUUCACUGCCUAUCUUCUAAACGUUUAUGACAAUGUACCAUUUGUUCAUAUUUCUGUCCUAUCUGACAAUAGUUGACGCAGUAAGUGCGCCUACGCAUUUGCUCAUCACCCGAGCCGGGCCGUGCUAUGACGGCUUGAAGAGUAAACUAGUGAGUGUGUCAGAGUUGAGUCUGUCCACUCAGACGCUACACUCAUUGCUCAGCGGAGAUUUCAACGUAUCUGAGCAUAUAAAUAAUGGAUGGAAGAUUAAGGCAACUAUGCAGAAAUGCGUGGACAUUCGCAACAUGGAGACCUGUGACUUGUACAGGACUUACAACCUGGUGAAGAACGGCUGCGGUGAUGAUGGUGAGACCCUCAGCGAGAAGCAGACCUAUGCCUUUCUGUUCCAUUACACGCAUCCUAAGAACCUGUCACAAAUUAGACUUAACGAGCACCCUUACUUUUUUUACAGAAUAAAAUGCCCAAUUCAAGCAGGGCGAUACAAGUUAGUAAAUUACCCCGUGUUCACGGAAGACAACUACGUGGUUGUUCGCGAAACUAAGAUAUCGACCAGUGUCUUCGGAUACACAUUUCGAUUGGAUGGUUUUAUUAAACGAAGAAAGAUAUUCUGCGUAGAAGCGAUCUUGCAACUGAUGUACACGAGGAAGCACAACUGGGCUGACAGGACUAGUGUUAGAGAGACCACUUCUAGCAGAACUACCACUGUUGACGACGAAGAAGAAUAAAGUUAUGAGAAUGAAUGUAAUGGUGAGAUUCCACCGAAGUGUGUAUCUAGGGCACACACACAGCGUGCAGCAAAUGUUUCUUCUGAGCAUUUCACCUGAUCAAACAAAAACAAUUGAACGUUACACGCUUUUUGUUCGCGAAAUGCGAAACAUAGGUGAACUUACUUCCAUAAUUAGAGUUGCGCCACCCCAGUUACUAAGGCCUAGUGUCCAAAUAAAGUUGUUUAUAUCUUUUGACUUUGACCCGUGAUCAAUGAGUGACCACUUUUACAAUAUCUCUAUCGAAAUGACCUGUUGUGCCGAGCAAAUGUUAUGACCUGUAAUAUUGUUAUCUACCUGAUAAAUUCAAAAAAGAUAUACGAAAAAAACAAUGUUAAUUUAUUUAAAUUAUUUCCUUUGCCCUAUUAUACGUUCAUAAGUUACAUGUUAAAUCGUAUUUUGAUUUAUAGGUACAUUAUAACGUUCAAGGGGAUCGUUUUCUAAAUCUUCUUGUCAUUCUUCUUUUGUGUGAACCUUCGGUAAUAUUUUAAGGAUACUUCAUUUCUUAGUGAGUUGUCCAUGGUAGUGUAUUAUUCAACUGUUGGGAGAAUGUGGAACUCUUGAUAAAGCCCUGAAAGUAUUGUCUGUAUUUAAUACCAGUUCCAACUUCUGACGUAUCUUUUGAUGCCCUUUGCAAUUAUUUCAUGGUGUUUUCAGCAAAAUUCAACUUAGCAAAAAUAUUUUUAGCGUUCAGACCGUAAUGUGCCCUACUAGACGCUAGUGCAUGGUUGUCGUCAAAUAACCAUCAAGCAACUAUGAUUUAACACAUAAGAAAACAUCGUAUUUGCAGUGUAGGGGGCAUAGGUAAAAUGCAAUAAACACACAAAAAGUAUAUUU